AUGGAUCCCCCCAGCAAGCGCCGAAGGCUGGCUCCCAAGGUGUCCGAUCCGCCUGCGCACCCGCCAGCCUUCUCUCCAGAACAGGCCCAAUCUGCACCACAAUAUCCUCCCCCUGAAGCUCCGGAACGACAUGAUUUCGAGGCCUUUGCCCGGCAUCUCCAGGAUGCUGCGAUGCUUAUAUACCGCCAGACUCAGAAGUCGCCCUAUACAAAUGUUUCAGUGCUGCUCUUGCGGUGGGAGGAAGAUACAGCAGUCGACGCCGACCUCAUGAGCCUAGAGACCGUGUUGAGGGAGAGGUAUCACUACCACACCGACAAAUGGCAGAUCCCUACGGUACCGAACCCCAGCAUCAAACUGGGCGUGCAAAUGGCAUCUUUUCUCGAGAACGCUCGGCCGGACCACCUCCUGAUUAUCUACUAUGCUGGGUACGGUUUUGUGGGAGCGGAUAGCCAGCUCUACUGGGCUUGCAAUGCUCGAGAGGAUGCGGCCAAACUCAAGUGGGACGGUGUGCGAUGCCUGUUUGAGGAUGCACAAUCAGACAUCCUCCUGCUCCUGGACAGCUGCGCUGUCUGGGAUGCGCCCAAGGCUGGCAGCCAUGGCAAGAAGCAGGCCAUCGCAGCUUAUAGCCCUGAUCAGAGUUCCAGAGAAGCUGGUAGCCGCUCAUUCACCUCAUACUUGGUUGAAUCGCUCCACAAGCUUAGUACAGGACGACCGUUUAGUGUACACCGACUUUACGAGGAGAUCCUUCUACACCGCAGGCAUUCAGCAACGCAGGUGCCCAUGACGAAUGGAGCCAGCAGAUCACCCGCAGGUCAGGAACGCAUACCAGUCCAGUUCAUGCUGACUCCUGGAAAAGAGCAAAACCUCAGUCUGGCACCGCUCCCUCCUGGAACCGCGCCCCCCUCGGGCUCUGUCACAGGAGAAGCUGAUGGAGACGGUUCGAAGCUGAGCCGUGAGGACCAUCUCAUCAAUCCUAGCACCGUUGUCGAUCUCACCUUUGACGAAGCUCGGGUCCUCGUAUGUACCACCUUUGUGGGAGAGGCAAGCCCCGACAUGGCCUUUUUCAAUCAAUGGGUCAGCAACAUGCCCUCGAUGGCAUCCAAGAUCACGGUAGAGGGCAUGUUUCUUGGCCCACCUACUAUGCUGCUGAUAUCGAUGCCACACUCGGUAUGGAAUGUCGUGCAGCAUGAUAAGGUCUGCUGCUUCCUGGGCUACAUCAGCUCCCACAACAUGACCCACCUAUACCACAGAUUACUGGGAUCGGCGCCCACCGCGGCGACGGCCAAGGAUGUGGCAGACGGCCGGAUCUUACUCGAGGCCCGGGAGGCGGCCGCUAUCAACAAGGCCAAUGCGCACCGGUACGAAAUGGCGUCCGCGCAGCACUACCCUGCGACUCCUACGAGGGCCGACCUCGCCGCUCGACCGGACGCACGUGUCAGGGCUUCAGCACCUGUUGGCCUGCCUCACCCUGGCAAGGUACCACCACCGAUGGCAUCAAAGGACGAUGGGGAGGACUCUGCAGAGAUGAAGGAGGCCGCCGAGCAGCUCAAGGCGCUGAGCCAUAUCCGAACUCUUAACAGCGAGGCGGCAAGUGGGAAUCACGUGGCGGCUCAUCUCGCAAACCAGACCCCGGAGGCGAGGCAGGAGCUGAUGGGGUCGCCACAGGAUCCCAAUACUUCAAUCAACAGCGGUGGUCACUAUCCGCCUGACUUCCCUACGGUGACGCUCAAGCCCAGGCCCAGAAAGUCGCUCCAGAAGUCGACACCGAACAAGGAGACGAGGUGUCUUAUGUGCAGUCAUGCGCCCUUCAAGGACUAUUCCUCUCUGAGGAAACACGUGGCAGCAGCUCACACCCGGCCCUUCCCCUGUGCCUUCUCCUUCGCCGGCUGCACUAGCACGUUUGGCUCCAAGAACGAGUGGAAGAGGCACAUCGCCUCGCAGCACCUCUGCCUGCAGUUCUACCGGUGCUCGGAGUGCCCCAAGUCGGCGGUCGAGGGCAAGGGCAACGAGUUCAACCGCAAGGACCUGUUCACGCAGCACCUGCGGCGGAUGCACGCGCCGUUCGCCAUCAAGAAGUCGAUCGCCAAGGGCGACAGCAAGCUGCAGACGGACUGGGAGAUCUACGUCAAGCGCAUGCAGGAGACGUGCCUCGUGACGCGGCGGCAGCCGCCGCCGCGGUCGGCGUGCCCGCGGCCGGGCUGCCAGAGCGCGUUCGAGGGCGCGGGCUCGUGGGAGGAGUGGACGGAGCACGUGGGGCGGCACAUGGAGAAUGGGGAGGUGCAGCCGCUGGCGAUGGACCCGCUGCUGGCGGAGUGGGCGCUCGAGGAGGACAUCAUCGAGGACAACGGCGACGGCAGCUACCGGCUCGUGCACCAGGCCGGCAGCAGCGGGGACAAGGAGCUCGCGCACCUGACGUUCAUGUCGGAGACGUCGUCGGAGAUGCAUCUGCACAUGCCGCCGCCGGAGCCGGAGCAGGCGACGCCGUCGCCGCGGGCGCAGACGCAGCAACUGCAGCAGCAGCAGCAGCAGCAGCAGCAUCAGGAGAGGGGAGAUGAGCGGGAGGAGGACGAGCGGGAAGGGACGCUCGAGAGCAGCACUUCGCCCGUCACCAUGGCGCAGGCUGCCACGGCGGCGGCGGCUGCUGCUGCUGUAGUGGGUACGGCGGCUGCUGCUGCUGCAAUGGGUACGGCGGCGGCGGCGGCAGAGGAGCCCACUAAGACGACCCAGGAAGACGAAAAGGAGCGCGAGGCGUCAGAUGCGUCGGCUCCACCGCCCGCCGCAGCAGCGACCGCGCUGGAAGUGGAGCAGCCUCAUGGCCAAGAUGACAGCGCAAGGAUCGAGGCGGUGGAAAAGGCCGAGGUACAGGCGCCCGAGGCCCCGCCGCGAGCAAAGUCCGAAGAUGUCACGGCGGCCCCAGAGAAGAAAGAGGAGCAGGGAUCUGACGAGGCUGCUGGAGUGCAGGAAAAGGAGCAGGGGCCAGGGCAAAAUCAGGACGAAGAUCAGGACCAGGACAAGAUGGACGUGGACGGAUGA